CUCGGCUGCAUCUGCGAAUUUCAAAAGUUCAAAAAGUCGCGCCAUUUUCCUACCCUUGGGCAUCGAUUACCUGGUAAAAUUUAAUCGAGCAAAAACCCUUAUCACCGGAUAACAUGCCAAAUAUUAGCAAUAAUAUGAAUAAGACCCGUCAUUAUAUCACUCACACUCCAAGGUAUGUGCGUACGAUUUCCUUAGAACAAAUCCUACAUCGAAAUCAUUAAUUUGUCCGUCGAUACCAUCGCGUGUCGCGCUGACCCGUUGGGCCAUCACGGUUAAACAUGUAUACUUGCUGAUCGAAAAUAAUCACGAACGAUGCUGCUACUAAUCGGCAGAUAAUGACGUAUUGAACCGGCGGCGCGAAUCACAUGACAUAGUUUAUAGUGUUACACUCCGGAUAGUCGGUGAUGAACGGCUCUUCUGCUGCAUAUCCACUCGAUCGUACAAUGUCUAAAUUUUUGAAACUAGCGCACAAGUUUAAUAGCUUCUAUUUGAACGGCUUGCAGAAAAAAGAAUGCCUCGCAUUCAUCGUGGAUGGCAUCCAAGUGGGUUUGGUCCGAGCCACUGUCAUGUCAGAAUUAAGUCGCUAUCCAAAUGUGUUUAUAGUCAACCCCAAUAGUGUGACGUUGAAUCCGGCAUUCAGGAACUAUGAUGAGCGUUCAGCAAAUAUAGAGUCUGUACUUAAAGAUAUGAAAGAUAAAAAGUUAUUUAUAACGCUGAAAGGGUGGAGGGAUGAGUGUUAUGAAGUACGUACAAUGUUUGCUGAACAACCGUUGCUAAAAAUGGAUCGCUCUGCUACUUGUUUAUUUGGCAUUUGCAAUUAUGGUGUAGAUAUAAAUGGUUAUGUUAAUCACCCACAAAAAGGAUUAUGCAUUUGGCUUCAACAGAGGUCUUUGACUAAACAGACAUGGCCUGGAAAAUGGGACAAUAUGGUUGCUGGGGGCUUAUCAGUUGGAAAUAGUGUCAUAAAAACUGCUCAUAAAGAAGGGGAAGAAGAAGCAUCAUUGACUGCGGAUCUUUUAAAAAAUUUGCAUUCUGCUGGCACUGUAUCUUUUUUCUAUGAGAGUGAGCGAGGAUUGUUUCCUGAUACCGAAUUUGUAUUUGACUUAGAAUUACCACAAGACUUUGUUCCUUGUAAUCAAGAUAAUGAAGUAGAAAAAUUUGAACUUUUGACUGCAAAUGAAACUGUGAACAGAAUUUUAUCACCAGAUUUCAAGACUACUAGUUGCCCUGUGAUAAUUGAUUUUUUGAUUAGGCAUGGAAUUAUCAAUCCAGAAAAUGAGCCUCGUUUUCCAGAAUUGGUUGAAUUAUUACACAUACCAUUACAGUCUCUUUAUAAGAAGAAUGACAAUAAUAUGUUGAUUGAAAACAGCUAUUCAAAAACAGAGUGAAUUUUUUGUUAUGUUAAUUAAAUUAAUAUCUUCUUGCGUUUUAUCUUUGCUUAUUUUUAAAUUUAACUUCUCAUUCUUUGUUUGAUUUUGAGUUAUAAUUUAUUUUGCCAAAUAUUUCAUAAAUUCCAUUAGGUUCCUUCCAUUUUCAUUGUGAUACAUAAAUUAAAUGCGUACCUCACGCCCUAAUAUUUUGUUAUUAUUUAAUU